AUGAAGUUCGAUUCUCGAUUAGUUUACUUUUUUUUAAACUUACCUUUUAAUUUUAAAUAUUUUAUAAUUAAAUCAACAAAUGUAAAAAAAUUGUUAAUUGGUGGUACACUUAAAUUUAAAGUAAAACCUAUAAAAUGUUUUACAAAAAAUUUAUUCAAUAACAUUAAUAAAUUGUUAAUAGAAAUAUUAAGAAACAAAUAUUUAACAAAGAUAUAG